ACCCAUUUUUUAAAAGUCGGCAUCAUGCUCCUUAUCUUAAGCAUUUUUUCAAAGUUGACACCUUAAAAAAAUUAUAAUAAAAAAGUAAAAUAAAAUUAAAAAUAAAAAACAGUUAAAAUGAGGACAAAAAAAUGCGACCGACUAAAACUAAAAUAACAAACUAAAAUUUGGAAAAAGCAUCUUAGGUUGAUUGUUUAUGCAAGAAAAACUUGGCCUUGCCUUGCCUUAAACGAACUUCUUUUUUUAAGCAACCCAAAAACUAAUCUUUUUCAUAUCUUUGAAGAUGGUCCAAAGAAAGGUGGGAAAUAAUAACAUCAUUAAAACAGAGAAAAUACAGGUUUACACAAAACCCUCUCUUCAAAACCACCAUAAUGGCAAUAUGAGUAAAGGGGCUGAUAUGAAUGGAAUAAAGAUGAAGAAAUCUCGGUCCAUCGAGGUUGGAUUCCGAUCAUCGUCGAAAGGCAGCCAUGAUGUGCUUCGUCGUCCUGGUAAACCACCCUCUCUUGGGUCAUCAACCCCCAAAACACAAUCAUCAAGUAAGUCUUCUGAUACUUCUCCAAAUUAUAUGAAGAGUACACGUAGUUAUGAGGCAAGGAAGGAGGAAAGACUGCAGAAAGUAGCAAAAACAUUGAGCAGAACAUCAUCUAGUUAUAAAAUAGUAAGGACUUUAUCAAAGGUCCCUAGCUUUAAGCACUGUGCAAGAACAACAACCUGUUCAUCAACCCUGAAAGAUUCGAAGUUUCCUCGUUACCUUAAACUCAAGCCAGGGGCUACUGAAGCUGAAGGAAGAUCAGUACCAAGAGUCUGCUCAUAUAAUCAUUGUUCCCUUAAUGGUGAUCACCAUAACCCUGCGCCUCCUCUGAAGCGUUUCAUGUCUACAAGACGGAGGCUGCUGAAGACUCAGAAGGUUGAUACACCGAAAGUUCUUUCCCCUCAUAAAGCAAAGCUAUCUGAAUGUAAGGGGAAAGGAAAACAGGAACAAAAGGAGGAUUUCUUUGUCGAAAUUUAUGUCUCAGACAGAGGGGUUGAUACACCAGUGUCUCAGAGCUUAUCAGAUGGACCAUGUUCUGAGAUUGAUCAAAGUGAAGAACCUAAUUAUUCAAACUUGAAUUUCUGUCCUAAAGAUGAAGAUUAUCCACUGAUAACAGUUCAGAGUUACCAAGAGGUUGAGAGCUCUCCCAGUGUCAGUUUGGAUGAGUUUAGCUGUGGAAACUCUGACAUAGAGUGGGAACAACAGGAGCAAACUUGUGUCAAUGACAACUGUGAAAUUCACGCUCAGAGCGAUUGCAGUUAUGAUGAAAAUAAAUCUGAUUUUGAGACAGGCAGUAGCCAUGGCGGGUACUUGGAGACAUGUCAUGAAUACCCACCAUAUGUUGAUGACGAAAUUGUGGAGUACCUAUGUUUCAGUGAUGCUGAUUCUUUACCAGAUUGCAAGUCCGCCCAGACAGGUGAAAGGAACAUAGAAGAGCCACUUAUGGUCGAAGAAAAGGAUGAAAUGAAUUCUGGAGCAAAGAAUGAGGUAGCUGAGGAGGAUUCUACCCUAGCAGAUGAAGCAACUGAACUUAACACCGAGGUAGAUGAGCCCACUAACACAAAAGGCGAAAUUAUCACUGACCUCAUCAAAGAAAUUACAGAGGCUCAAGACAAAGGUCUCGAUUCUUACCAGGAACCAGUUAAAACAGAGGGUGACCAAUGCGAAAAAUCAGAUGAAGACUACAAUAUAGGAGAAGCCAGAGAAGAAAAUGCUGCUGACCCUGGUAUGGAAGAAAGAGAGCCAAUUGAAGAAAUUACAGAGAUGCCACAAACAACUGAGAAAUUAGAAACCUCUGAUGCAAAGGAGGGAAUUUGCACGGCCAAUAAUGAUGAUCAAGACGGUACAGAUCACAGUGGUGAUUUUGCAACCCGUGCAGGACAGAAAGCGAAUGAAGCUGCAGUUGAGAUUUGUUUCAGUACAAGAUCAGAAAAAUGUGAAGAUGAAAAUGAUUCAAGUGAGCUUGAAUCAAAUGAGAACUACGUUGAAGGAGAUAAAGCAUCAGGAAUGGAAAACAGUAACAGCACAGAAGCAACCAGCAGAUGCACUUCCAACAAUGGAGAAUCUGAUGGCAACCAGGAGCUCAACAGCUGUAACAAAUUAAAGAGAGGGAUGAGAUGCAUGAAAGCAGAUGAAGAUGAUGAAGAGAGUCAAUUCAAUCCAAGAGGGCCAAAUUUUCUUGAUGUUGAACCUGAUCCAGAAGCAGAGAAAGUGGAUCUGAGGCACCAAGAGAUUGACGGUAGGAGAAAUGCAGAGGAAUGGAUGCUUGAUCAUGCACUGCAGAAGACAGUCAACCAACUCACUCCUUCUCAAAAGAGGAAGGUCGCAUUACUAGUUGAAGCCUAUGAAACUGUACUGCCAGUAGCAAAGGAUGAAUCCAUGAGGAAAAAUUCAUCAGAAUCUGACCAUGAAAAGCUUGACAUUCCUCCAGCUAGUUUAUGAUGUGUAAAUUCUACCAUCUACUAAUUUAACUUGCAUAUAGAUUAGUAAGAAGAAGAUCUGCUGCUCAGCUGUCUGGCAAAAGGCCAAUCAGAAUAUUAAGCAGUAUAACUUUUCAUGUACUGUUAUAAUUUAUCUGACAACUUAAAUAAAUAAAUAAAAACACAAGUUUCCUGUAGAAAAGUAUAAAUAUAAUGGGG